AUGGACCCCGCCAUGGGCCAAGUAGACCGCUUCAUCAUCAGUUAUGAGUCUGCAAGAACUCCCAAUGUAACAGUGACAGUGAUGGUGUCUGGUAACUCAGUAGAGCAGCAGCUGAGAGGGCUGCAGAGAGACACCGUGUACACAGUCAAAGCCCUGAGUCAGAAAGACAGUCUGCAGAGCACAGCCAUCACUACCACCUUCACAACGGCCAGUGCUGUAAAGGCCGGUGAGGUGGGCGCUCGUUCUGCUGUUGUAUCAUGGAAAUCCCCCAGUGUUGCGUUCAGCAGAUACAGAGUGACCUAUCAGACGGCAGGAGAGGAGGUCAAGGAGGUGAUUCUGGACUCCACGGUGACGGAGUACAAGCUGACUGGACUAUUCUCUAUGUCUAAGUACACGGUGCUGGUACAGGGAGAGAGAGAGGGGCAGUACACAUCUAUUGUCACCACUGAGUUUAUCACAGGAAAACUGCGCUUCCCAUUCCCCACGGAGUGUUCUCAGGAGCUGCUGAACGGAGCGCUCCAGUCAGGAGAGGUGGAUCUUUACCCAGAGGGCAAGGAAGGGAAGGCAGUCAGAGUCUACUGUGACAUGGAGACUGAGGGAGGAGGCUGGACGGUGUUCCAGAGGAGAAUGAAUGGGAAGACAGAUUUCUUCAGAACCUGGAGUGACUACACUAAUGGCUUUGGAAACCUUAGCGAGGACUUCUGGCUCGGUAAUGAGCUGCUUCACAACCUGACCAGCAUGGGCCCAGUGAGCCUGAGAGUGGACCUGCAUUCAGGCAACGAUACGGCCUACGCCCAUUACUCCAGCUUCACCAUCGACUCAGUGGACAAACACUACGCCAUCGAGGUGUCUGGAUACACCGGCACUGCAGGUGACUCCAUGAAGUACCACAACGGGCGCCCAUUCUCCACCAGAGACAAGGAACCCCUCCCCCUGGGCAUCCACUGUGCCAGGGCCUACAUGGGCGGCUGGUGGUACAAAAACUGCUACAAGACCAACCUCAACGGCCUCUAUGGCACCAACAGCAACAACCAGGGUGUGGUGUGGAUAGACUGGAAGGGCAAAGACUCGUCCAUUCCCUUCACUGAGAUGAAGUUCCGACCGGCCGGGAUCUCCAUCACAACUCGCGGAUAAGACUGUCCUCUGACUCGUCCACCCCUAAACCCUUUCUUUGAGAAACAGGAAAGUGGAGCACCAAGAGACCAUAAACGUGUGGAUGUCGCACUUCCUGCAUCUCAAAUUCCGCCUCAACUUGCAUGUCCAGUGGUCUUAACAGCCGUCACGACAGACAGCGUAUCAGUCUGUACUUGUACUGUACAGUGCAGUGCACCAGGCUCCUGUUCUGUACCUUUAUCAUGCUGUCUCUCUCAGCUGUAUCUGUAGACAGGAAAUAUUUGUGAUUGCAGCAUUUUGUAUAGUAUUGUUUUAUGACCCAACUCUUACCGUCUCCAACUCAAUGACUGUUCUACUGCUCUGACCCCAAAGCAUCUCUACCUGAUGCACAUCACAAGGUUACCACCCCACUACUACUGUAAUAAAACAUGCACUGUCUCACUCUAUUGCAAUAAAUGAGGCACAUGAAUGCCUGG